AAAUACAAGAAAAUUAAUCAGUAAACAAGGUAGUAGUGAUUGUGAAGCAGAAAGGAAGAAACUCAUUUAAACUCUGCCAUCUGACCAAUUCAUUUCGAUAUGAUUUCCAUGCAUAUCUAUAUUAUAUCAGUUUAAGUGCCAUUGUCCAAUAUAAUUGACAGGGUAUACUAUGUAAAGAAAGAAUAUCUGUGGAGCUGUUAAAAGAUGUCUGUGACGAGGGAGUUGACGAUUGUAGGCGUGGUUUUGUUCAUCGCUGCAGGACUCCUGGUGUUUGUCAUGGCAUUCAUUGUUGCCAAAAGGCAGAUUUCACGGUUUGCUACGAGAGGAACCCAGAAAUCAAUUGGAUCAGGAGCACCGAAGAUGUUCAAAAACAAGAUUCUGGAGAAUUUGAACAGAGUAUCACAGAUUAAAUAUGAACCCAUGUUAUUAAACAACAAAAUAUUGUCAUCUCCAGAUUCGGAUCACUAUAUCUAUAGGAUGAAGGCCAUGGAUGCAUUCUCUAAGUUUGAUGAAACUAUUAAAACGGAAGAUGGUACGUACAAGGGCCGCCACCCAAACACGAGGGUCAGAUUGUAUCUCACGAGACUCGGUAACACAUACCUCAGUACCUGCCCGGUGGAUCUCAUUAAUGAAUUCUGUGAUACAUACGAGCAUGCUCGUCACAGUCCAGAGAUAUUUGGAGAAAAUGAAUACAACAAUUUUGUACGGUUAUUGAAUCACCUUUUACACAGCCUUAAGAGUGGUUUUGAGAUAAAAUCACCUAAAUUCACAGCAGAAGUUACAGUACUAGAUUCUAAAGUGUCAAUGGACCAAAGCAAAAAGAACAAUAAAACAAAAACUGAAUUAUUAGUCACAGAGACAGUCAGUAAGAGUAAACGGCCGUCCAGUGCAUUUCCUGUAAAUAUAAGGCUCCGGAGUCGCAGUGGGAGUAGUGGUCAUUCCAGUUUGCUGGACAGUGGGCGGUCCAGUCAACCAAGCAGUGAGAGGACAGAUCAAGAAAGUCCCGAGAGGAUAGCGAUGGUUGAACUGAGUACGAAUGACAAGGAAAAUCUCGUCUGAUGCUAUGUAUACUGGCGUUGAUACCAGAUAUACAUACAACCCGUGAAAGACUGUGGACUUUUAUCAAGAUAAAUAAUUUUUCACGCUUCGAAUUUUAGUAGCGAAUCAUCAAUGUCUCUCCUACUCAUCCACUUCUAAAUCAUGAUCUGGAUCUGUGGUAGCAGUUGCUACUCAUCCACUUCUGAAUCAUGAUCUGGAUCUGUGGUAGCAGUUACUUGGAGGGGUAAAAUCUUGUCGUUGUCACUCCAAAACAAACUCUUUGGAUCUGAUGCUUUUAGUUUCCAUUGUGACGUAAUGCAGCUCUUCAUCAUGUUGGUGCAGAUUUAUAUAGUCUUUGUAUGUUUCAAAAAAAAAAACGACAAAUGAAAAAUUUUAUUUAUAUUUUUGGAUAGUUCGAAGACAAUGCAUGUUGAACCUACAGAGUGGGCUUUUGACAAAAUGAAUGCUGAAUUAUUUUUGUUAAUUCCAUUAUAUUUGCAGGAAUUCGAGUCAAAUAAAAAACAACAAAAGGCACUUUAUAUUUUGAAAUUAAAGGGGGGGGGGGGGGCAAAUCAGAAACUAAGGCUGGUGGUCUUAGAGGGUCUAGAGCAAUGUGAGAGAAGAGAUUGUGGUUGAUUUGAUUUGAACGUAUAUCAUUGCAAUAUACAUGUACAUGUAGCAACUACAAUGGUAUUGGACACAAGCUUUCAAAACUUGAAGACCUCUGCUUGCAGAAUAUCACACAAGAACAUGUCAGUGUGCAAUAACAAAAGUUAAAAAUAGACUGUUAUGAUUGCUGAAAUACAUGUACCCCAUGCAUUAUAGAUGUACAGAAUGUGAAUUAAAAUUACCUGACUUUU